GCUUGAAAUGUCUAAAGCAAAAAAUAAAGAAACAAAUAUUGAUUUAUUGGCUGGAAUUUUAGAAGCUGCUGAAAAUGAAAAUUACAAGUAUACAAAUAAAGAACUUAGAGAUGAUAUAGUUCUUUAUUUUGCAGCCG